GGAACGAAGGAGAAGCAACUAUGCCUACUGCGGGAGCGGACGAGGAGGCGGGAGAGGAUGCGGCUGAGAGCAACACUGUUGUCGGAAGCGCCGAAAACAAAGAAACCGACGAUCUUCAGUCACGCGCGUUAGCAGGAAGGCAUGAUGUGGGCACCGGGACGACAGUAACGAUAAUUGACUACACAUAUAUUUUUGAGGCUGAUGAAGUACGAAGAGGAGCUCAGAUUACUGAAUUUCGGGGUUUCCUUUAAACCCCUCUCGUCCUGUGAGAUAAUUUUUGAUUUCGUUGCUCUAGCGGCUUCUCCGGUAGUCAAGAUAGGACCACAGCGGGAGCGCAUACAUGAUAUUUCUACACGCUGCUGGAAAAUUUUCAGGUAGAAGUAUCGGCCAAGGCGGCGGAAGACGAUGGCUCGGGUGUGAAAAUGCCGCAGUUAAUGGCGAGUGACGGGGAUAAUGUGUCACUUGGAUUCCGAAAUGCAGUGCGGCAUUCGAAGCUCCUAAUCUCAAGUAGUCUUCGAACGAAAUUCUCUAGGGCAGACCCAGGCGAUUCUAAAAACGAGCAAAGAAAAGCAACGGGAGCUAGUCGACCCAAGAAGAGUGUUUCGCCUCACCGCACAAGGGCUGUCAAAAAUCCUGCUGAGCCAGAUGUGGACAAAAAUGCGACGUCGGGUCCAGCGGAUGAACACAGUGGUACAGCAGGAUACGCGGUAAGUGGCAGGCGAGUUGACGCAGAGAAUGCUUCCCUGGCCAACAAGUUGCGAGUUGGUGCUGUUGAGUACGAAAUCUCUUUGCUUUCGCAUUGUCAGCGCAGCACCGACGCUGCCAUACAAAGGAGACUUGCGGAGGAAGAGGAAAGACGGAAUCGAG